AAGAGCCCACCGAUCCAAAAUAAGUCGAUGAGGCCCAUAUGUCUCAGGUAAUUGAAAUUAGGGUUUGAGAAGUCAGCUUAUUGAGACGAGCUACCCAUUCCACAUUCUCAUUUCGACUCUCCCUCCUCCGCAUCUCCGCCGCCCUCCUCUAGCUGAGAAAAGUGAACAAUGGCGAAAUCGAAGAAUCACACCGCGCACAACCAGUCGCACAAGGCUCACCGGAAUGGAAUCAAGAAGCCGAAGCGACAGCGUAACAGCUCCACCAAAGGGAUGGAUCCGAAGUUCUUGAGAAACCAGAGGUACGCCAGGAAGCACAUGAAGCAGAGCGGCGAUGCUGAAAGCCAGGAAUAGAUUUUCGUUUACUUAAUUCGGCAAAAAAAAAUUAUGUUUUUGUUAUUCUAUUCAGUGUUUUGAGAUUCUUCAAUGGCGUCUGUUUUAAAUUUGAGCUGAAUUUCAGUAUUGCUAUGGUAUCCAUCUUAUUUUGAGAUUA